AUGCCUCCCCCUCCGCCGCCGCCGCCGCCGCCGCCCGGAGGGAUGGGGGGUCCUCCCCCGCCUCCUCCCCCUCCAGGGGGUAUGCCCAGCAGACCCUCAAAUGCAGAGGUCAAGGGUCGAGGCGCACUGCUCUCCGACAUCCACAAAGGCGCAAGAUUGAAGAAGACCGUGACCAACGAUAGAUCAGCACCCGUGCUUUCAGGUGGAGGAGCAAAGUCUUCUGGUCCCGCAGUUCCAGGCGCUCCGCCUGUUCCCGGCAUGGCGAAGCCUCCGGCCGGGUUGGCACCACCACCUCCGGCACAAGCGGCGAACAGGCUACGAAGCAAUAGCGAUACUGGUGCAGGAGCUGAUGCUGCGGCGGGCGCCCCGGCGGCGCCUCAACUGGGAGGCCUCUUUGCGGGAGGCAUGCCCAAGUUGCGCAGUCGGGGAGGCGUUGACACUGGGGCUACUCGGUCCUCGCCGUAUCUAUCGGAUUCGGAGGGAUCGCGGAGCGCUCCCCCGCCCCCUGCUGUGUCCGCUCCGAAGCCGCCAGGUGCCCGACCUCCCCCUCGCCCGCCCGCGACAGAAUCGCCGCCUGCUCCUCCAGUGAACCCGCUGGUCGCUAAUCUCCGGAAACCCCCUCCAAGGCCGGCGUCAAGGCCCUCAUCGACAGUCUCGAAUGCGUCAAGCAGAUCAGCCCCUGACGCUCCUCCACGCGCGCCGCCACCGCUGCCGGGCUCCGCAAGACCUCCGGCGCCGCCCCUAUCUACCAGGAAGCCUUCUGCCCCUGCGCCCCCACCUCCUCCCCCUUCAGCAAUUCCAGCUGCAGCCCCGCCGCCCCCUCCAGCAGUCUCUGCUCCCCGCCCUCCUCCGGCGCCGGCACGAUCUACCCCUCCACCCCCUCCCCCACCUCCUGGUGGCUCUGCUCCACAACCGCCGAACGGCACGGCGGCUGCGUCCAUCGCAGUUCAAGCUGCUCGAAACGCUUUUGGACAUGGUCAUCCGUCACCGCCACCACCUCCUCCACCUGCCUCGGCCCCCUCAGCGCCUCCCCCACCUCCUCCUCCCAGUGCUCCUCCCGUCGCCCCUCCAAGUGAGCCACCAUCGCGGCCAACCCCUCAGCCCUCUGCAAUAGCACCUCCUCGACCUUCAUCCUAUGAGUCACCCAUCGGUCAUCAACCAGAUCGUUCUACACUGGAUCCGAGCGCUUAUACCCUCAGCAACGGCGGGCCGUCACCGGGAUCGAGCCCUUGGAAUUCAGGUGGACACGGCCUAGUUCGGGUGGACGAUCAUCGGUUCAAAUUCCAGAGCGAAGGCUUGUUGCCCAAGCCACGGCCAUUUGUGGGAGGUACCAAACGGUACCGGGCUGGACGAGGUAGCAGUGUGCCAUUGGACCUAAGCGCAUUGGCUGGAUGA